AGACGCCUUGGGGACAGCAAGAGCAGAGGCUUAAGGAGCUACACUGGGGGGUGAACCAGGGCAAGCAGGCCAAAGCCUGGCCAGGGCUAGGGAGGAGGGGGCAUGGAGCAAUCCAAGUCACAGCAGCAUGGAAGGGAACAAAGCUGGUGGGGUAGUGACCCCCAGUACCAAUACUUACCCUUCGAGCACUGCACCAGCUACGGACUGCCAUCUGAGAACGGGGGCCUUCAGCACAGGCUCCAAAAGGACUUGGGGCCCCGCCACAAUAUCCACCCCACGCAGAUCUAUGGCCAUCACAAAGAACAGUUCUCAGACAGGGAGAAGGACACAGGGAUGUCCAAGAAGACUGGCUCCAGUUCUACCCUGGAGAGCAAAGAUGAGGAUCACUAUUCCAAAUGUCAAGAUUGUGUCCACCACCUAGAACGCAUGGUGAGAAGAAAGUUAGGGGAAGACUGGAUCUUUCUGGUGCUUCUGGGACUGCUGAUGGCUCUGGUCAGCUGGUGCAUGGACUAUGUCAGUGCCAAAAGCCUUCAGGCCUACAAGUGGACCUAUGCCAAGAUGCAGCCCAGCCUUCCUCUGCAGUUCCUGGCUUGGGUCACCUUCCCACUCAUCCUCAUCCUCUUCAGUGCCCUCUUUUGCCACCUCAUCUCUCCCCAGGCUGUUGGCUCUGGAAUCCCUGAAAUGAAGACCAUACUUCGUGGGGUUGUCCUGAAGGAAUAUCUCACGCUCAAGGCCUUUGUGGCCAAGGUUGUCGCCCUGACCGCAGGGCUGGGCAGUGGCAUUCCUGUGGGAAAAGAGGGCCCCUUCGUCCACAUUGCCAGCAUCUGUGCUGCCAUCCUCAGCCAGUUCAUGUCUAUGUUUUGUGGGGUCUACGAGCAGCCAUACUAUUAUGCUGAUAUCCUGACUGUGGGCUGUGCCGUUGGAGUUGGCUGUUGUUUCGGGACACCUCUUGGAGGAGUGCUGUUUAGCAUCGAGGUCACCUCUACCUACUUUGCUGUUCGGAACUACUGGCGAGGAUUCUUUGCUGCCACCUUCAGUGCCUUUGUGUUCCGAGUGCUGGCAGUGUGGAACAAGGAUGCUGUCACAAUCACUGCUCUGUUCAGAACCAAUUUCCGAAUGGAUUUCCCCUUUGACCUUCAGGAACUCCCAGCCUUUGCUGUCAUCGGGAUUUGCUGUGGGUUCCUGGGAGCUGCAUUUGUGUAUCUGCACCGCCAAGUCAUGCUUGGUGUCCGAAAGCACAAGGCCCUCAGCCAGUUUCUUUCUAAGCACCUCCUGCUGUAUCCUGGAAUUGUAACCUUUGUCAUUGCCUCAUUCACCUUUCCACCAGGAAUGGGUCAAUUCAUGGCUGGAGAGCUCAUGCCCCGGGAAGCCAUCAGCACUCUGUUUGACAACAACACGUGGGUGAAACACGUAGGAGACCCUGAGAGCCUGGGUCGGUCAGCUGUGUGGAUUCACCCCCAGGUCAAUGUCGUCAUGGUCAUCACUCUCUUCUUCUUUAUGAAGUUCUGGAUGUCCAUCGUGGCCACCACUAUGCCUAUACCCUGUGGAGGCUUCAUGCCUGUGUUUGUGCUAGGGGCUGCAUUUGGAAGGCUGGUAGGAGAGAUCAUGGCCAUGCUAUUCCCUGAUGGGAUCUUAUUUGAUGGUAUCAUCUACAAGAUCCUGCCGGGGGGCUAUGCAGUAAUUGGAGCAGCAGCACUGACUGGUGCCGUGUCCCACACAGUCUCCACAGCUGUGAUUUGCUUCGAGUUAACGGGUCAGAUUGCUCACAUCCUACCCAUGAUGGUGGCUGUUAUUUUGGCCAACAUGGUGGCCCAGAGCCUGCAGCCCUCCCUCUAUGACAGCAUCAUCCAGGUCAAGAAGUUACCCUACUUGCCUGACCUUGGUUGGAACCAGCUCAGCAAAUAUACGAUCUUUGUUGAGGACAUCAUGGUACGGGAUGUGAAGUUUGUUUCAGCUUCUUGCACAUAUGGGGAUUUGCGAACUCUGCUCCAGACUACCACAGUCAAGACUUUACCACUGGUUGAUUCAAAAGAUUCCAUGAUCCUGCUGGGCUCCGUGGAGCGCUCAGAACUGCAGUCCCUCCUGCAGCGCCACCUGUGUCCGGAGCGGAGGCUGCGGGCGGCUCAGGACCUGGCGCAGAGGUUGUCAGAGCUGCCGUACGACGGGAGGGCGCGGCCGGCUGCCCGGGGGCCCCCAGGCAGCGCGCAUGGCGUCCGACCUGAGUCUUUUGCCUUCGUGGAUGAGGAUGACGACGAGGAUCUCUCUGGAAAGACCGAGCUGCCGCCUUCUCCUCCCCCUCAGCAUUUUCCUCCUGCUCCCCUCUCCCCAGAAGAGCCAAAUGGGCCUUUGCCAGACCACAAACAGCAGCUAGAGGCACCAGAACCUGCAGGUCAAAGACCCUCCAUCUUCCAGUCCCUGCUACACUGUGUGCUGGGCAGAGCUCACCCCACAAAGAAGAGGGCAACCCAGGAGUCAGUGGAUUUAGUGGAUACCAUGUCACCUGAAGAGAUUGAGGCCUGGGAGCAGGAGCAGCUGAGCCAGCCUGUCUGCUUUGAUUGCUGCUGUAUUGACCAGUCUCCCUUCCAGUUGGUGGAGCAGACAACCCUACACAAGACUCACACGCUGUUCUCACUGCUUGGCCUCCACCUUGCCUACGUGACCAGCAUGGGAAAGCUCAGGGGCGUCUUGGCCCUGGAGGAGCUACAGAAGGCCAUCAAGGGGCACACCAAGUCUGGGGUGCAGCUCCGCCCUCCCCUUGCCAGUUUCCGGAACACAACUUCCUCUAGAAAGAGUGCUGGGGGACCACUCCCUCCCACAGAGGGCUGGAGCCUGCCAGAGAAUGGAUCUGAGGCCAUGGGAGCAGGGAGUGUGGCCCCUGCCUCCCCAGAGAGCCCCGUGCCCUCCCCUUCCCUGGAGCUCCCUCUCUCCCUGGCCCCAGCCAAGGUGGUGGGUGAGCUGGAGGAACUUGAGCUGGUGGAAAGUCCAGGGCCGGAAGAGGAGCUGGCUGACAUCCUGCAGGGGCCCAGCCUGCGGUCCACAGAUGAAGAGGAGGAUGAGGAUGAACUGAUCCUUUGACCACCUCCUGGGACCUCAUUAUAAAGACUUUCUGUGACUGAGGGUGGGCUUGUGAGGGACAGGGUAUGUCCUGAUGUUGGAGAGCUCAUGCAAAGUCUUGGCCUUUCCCAGGGAUUUUAAAAUGUGAUACUGAUAAUCUUAAAGGAGUCAGAACUGUAGCAGGGAGGAGCCAUGGGCAUUUCCCCCAUUGCCAGACUGCCCGGUGAUUCUAACCCUAGUGGCAGGCCCUGCUAUUCUACAGGGGAAGCUUCCUGAGACUUCUAGGGUGCAGGUAAGGAAUGCCGUGCUUCUCUGCCUCCUCUGUCAUCCUCAAACUCCCCAAGGCUCUUGUCUCAGGGCUCUUGUCCCAGUGCCUGGCUGGCCUUCCCCAGUGUUAGUUGGCUGAAGAUGGGUAAGAAAGGCCUAGAAAGACUGUGGCUCCAUAAGUGCCACACUAAGGAGGAGAUGGGAUCAGCUCAUGGACUCGGGGACUGAUUGCCCGGGAAUGUGCCUGGGAAAGGGCCACAGCUGCUUCUCCCAGAGGAGCUUACAAGCACACAACAGUAUGCCCGCCCCACCCCUCCCACCAGCUAUCCCAGGCCCAGCCACGCUUCUCUGUUUCCUGCUCCAAGCAGUGAAAUGCACAUGAGAAGACUAGAGAGGGCAGCAGCCUAGGAGAAAAGGUUGCCAAAGGCUCCUUGGGGAAGGAACAGCUGCCCUGUUGCCCAACAAGCAGACCCCAUGGUGUCACCUGGCGCCUGGCAGAAAGUCCUACCUCACAGCGCAGCCUCCUGGCCCCCUGGAUCCCAGCAGGAAACACAUCCUCCUUUUCCCCAUUGCAGUCACUUGUGUCCUGCCAAGGAUCAGCUCUGCCCUGGAGCUGCUCUAGCUGACACUUCUUUCCUGCCAAAAACUAAGGCUCAGAGCAGCUAGGUCACUGGGUCACUCAGACACCAGCCUCCUCAGACCAGCCCCUCCUCAGUGCCUGUCUCUGUAGUGGUGGAGAGUUGAGAGCGCAGUAUCCAGAUGGCAAGCCUCUUCAGUGUUGCCCACACUCAGGACAAUCACCUCCUCACACUUCUCAGCUCGGCACUGAAGCUGCUAGUGAAGCAGUGAGCAGCGUGGAACCCUUGCUCCAUGCCCCGCACGCAGGCCCUGUUUAGUUCUGUAGCUGCUUGGACCUCCUCUUUGACAUUCCCCUCCUUUUCCUCCCAUGUGCCCCUCCACCUCCAUCCCCCAAAUAAGACACACAUAGUCAAAGGAUGCCACCACAUUCUGUUUAGUGCCACUGAACACAGCCUCUACCCCUCUCCACAUCACAUCCCUCCUCCGCCCCAGGCUAAGAGAGAUGCUGAAGCCUGGGUGGGGGCUGGCAGUGGGCAUUGGAGCCCCUGCCCCUGUGUACAUAAUCUAUAAUAUUUAUAUAUAUUGA